AUGAUAAUCAAUAUUGAUUUAUCUGAAACGAUCGCAACAGUUAAAAGAAAAAUAAGUGAUAUGGAAAAUUGUUCGAUUGAAUCACAACGAUUACUUUUUGCUGGAAAACAAUUGGCUGAUCUAUACACUUUAAAUGACUAUCAUUUGACCACUGGAACAACACUACAUUUAGUUCGUCCUCUCUGUGGAGGAAUGAAAAUUUUUGUUAAAACAGAGAGUGGAAAAACUAUCGCACUGGAAAUUGACCCUUGGAAUACCGUCUUGUAUGUCAAAAGGAGAAUUCAAGAUAAAGAAGGUAUUCCACCUGAUCAACAGCGAUUGUUUAUCGCUGGCAAGGAACUUGAAGAUUAUGAAACUCUAUCAAAUUACGAGAUUCAACUGGCAAGCACAUUAUAUCUAUUACUUCGACUUGGUGGUGGUAUGCUAGUCUUUGUUAAAAUGAUAACUGGGAGAGUUAUUGCAUUGGAAGCGAAACCGUCCGACACUAUCGAAGAUGUCAAAGGGAAAAUUCAAGAUAAAGAAGGGAUUCCACCUGAUCAACAGCGAUUGAUUUUCGAUAGGAUGCAACUUGAAAAUGGUCGAACUCUAAAUGAUUACAAUAUUCAAAACGGAAACACAUUGCAUCUAGUUGGUUCACACUCUAAAAUAAUGCAACUUUUUGUAAAAACACUGACUGGAAACACUAUUGCAUUGAACGUGGAACCGUAUGAUACUAUUGAAAAUAUCAAAGAGAAAAUUCAAGAUAAAGAAAAGAUUCCAGUUGAUAAACAGGGAUUAAUUUUUGCUGGCAAGCAGCUUAAAGAUGGUAGAACUCUGUCAGACUACAAUAUUCAAAUGGAGAGCACACUUCAUCUAGUGGGUCGAUUGGCUGGACCACAUUGCUGUUUAGAUAUCAAAACAUUGGCAGGAAGAACGAUUUCUUUGGUAACAGGCCCAGCUGUUUCCAUCGAACAUGUCAAAAAAUAUAUUCAAGAUAAAGAAGGUAUUCCAGUUGAUCAACAGCGAUUGAUCUAUGCUAGUAAAAAACUGAAAGAUGAUCGAACCUUAGAACACUAUAAUAUCGAAGGAUGUGGCCCCCACCAAAUGACUGUUAUAAUUCGGCAUUCUGAUAGUAUGACAAUUUUUGUUAAAACACUAGCUAAAAACAUUAUUACAUUGGAAGUAGAACCAAAUGACACGAUCGAAAAUGUAAAAGCAAUAAUUCAAGUUGAAAAAAGUAUUCCACCUGAUCAACAGCGGUUGAUUUUUACUGAUAAACAGCUUGAAAAUGAUCGAACCAUAUCAGAUUAUAAUAUUCAAAAGGAUGCCACAUUAUAUCUUCUGCUUCCUAAUGAAAUAUUAAUCUUUGUGAAAAUCAGGGAUGGAAAUACGAUUCGAUUGAUAGUGCAAUCAAGUAGUACCAUCAAAGAUGUUAAAGACGAAAUUCCAGAUAAAGAACAUAUUCCAUCCGAUCAACAACGAUUGAUUUUUGCUGGCAAGGAACUUACAGACCAUCGAACUUUACCAGAGUACAAUGUUCAAGAAAAUAGCAGAUUAGAACUUUUGUCACCAGAUCGAACAAGUGAAACUACAUUGAUUGAUAAUAUGCCGGAUACUACUGAUAAACGAUUCAUUAAUGUUCACCGUGUUUCUGACAUAAGUCAAGAACCUGACAAAAUGUUGCUUCCUAUUGAAGGUUAUCAUGAAAAACCUCUUGUGUCAUUAGAAGAUGCUAUCAAUCCAUUGAUUCCACUUGUUCCAGAUAUAAAGCGAAAAGCGUGGAUUGCUAAAUUUAACUCAAAAGCUCCUGCAGAUAACUUGACACCAGAUGAAUCAGCUUCAAUUAUGUUAUAUUCAAUCGAAUGGAUGAAAGAGGAAGAAAGUCUCUACUCUAUUCUUAAUUCUACUCUUCGUAAAGAAAAACGAGAUUUAUUAAAACCAUGGUUUCUUUAUUUAAAGCUUAUACUGACAGCUCUCGCUAAACUACCGUCGAUAGAAGAUCGAACAGUUUACCGUGGAGUUAAGGUUAAUUUGAGUGAUAUAUAUCAACCAGGCAAGAAAUUCGCAUGGUGGGGGUUUUCAUCAUGCACGUCAAGAAUCGAUGUAUUGGAACAAGAAACAAUAUUGGGCAAGACAGGCAUGCGUACAAUAUUCACUAUUGAAUGUAAAGAUGCAAAAAACAUUCGACAUCAUUCAAUGUAUGCUGAUGAAGAUGAAAUCUUAUUAUUGCCAGCGACUCAAUUUGAAGUCAUAUGCCAAUAUCACCCAUCUGAAGAUCUUCAUAUGAUUCAAUUAAAAGAAACAGAAACAUCAUAUCCUCUUCGAGAUCCAGUUUAA